UCUUCAUUGCACAAUAUUCCUGCAUGUGGUAGUCUUUCCACGAAACAUUUUGACGGUGACAUUGGCGAUAAUGUUGGCCAACUUAUGCCCAGCCAACCGGACAACAUCCCAAUUGACCUAAGCAGUAUCAUUACAUGUGGCAACAGGGUGAAAAGUAUGGAGAUUGCCCAUACCGCCAGAGACAACUGCGCCAAACAGUCGGUCAAAUUCAAUGAACAAGUAUCAAGUGGUGACGACAGCAUUGACGCUACCAGCGAGGUGAAUAUUUUUGGAGACAAACGGAUAAACGAUUCACCUCGUUGGGUCGUUUUAGAUUCGUACUCUCCGUCCAAGUCCGAGGAGAGUUGUGGUGACUUGUUCCAUAAUGAACUGAGAAAUACUCAUCUUCUUCUUAAUGGAGACUCUCUCACUCCAAGUGAAAAUGAUUUGAAUCUUUCUGGGGAUUCGAAUCCUGAGGCUGCUGAGAAAAUGGCUACUCCUACUGUGCAUAAGAGUGCUGCAGUUUUAGUUGAUCAUGUUGCAGUUAUAAGAUGUAGCGAAGAUCGAAUCGCCGAACGUCAUCCCGCUCAGUUUGGCCCCGAACGGACUUCGACUAACAGUGAAUUGCCUAUGGAUAUAGAUGAUAGUUAUCAACUGAAGCACCGACAACUAACCAAGAAGGAGAGGAUGAAACAUGUAGGAGAGGAAGACCAGCCUUCAGAUAAAAUUUUAGGAGAAAGCCAUAUCCCGGUGCCCCAAAAUGUCCCACGUCUAUCCAGUCUCAAGAGUCAAAAUCUUCUAGAAUCUCAUAACGAUCUUCCAACGGCUCUACCUCACGAACUCCAGGUAACGCAACAGCACAAUUUACAAUCAAUCUGUACCCAUGAGCUGUUGACCCCAAGUGAAGAACUACGUACCAGUGACUGUGAUCUAGAUCGUCCAUUUUGCCAAGACGCUUCUUCGUCUUGUGAUACCAGCAGUGAUAGCAGUAUCUUGCCUACGUUUUUUGACAUAAGUGAGCCUGCUGAUACGUAUUCGAGUACCAAGGCCAAUGAGACAGUGCCUGAGUUUGAGGAAUUGGGGGCGGAUAUCUCCAAGGAUAUACAAGAUCAAGGCGUUAUAACCAAUCAGGUCAUUUCCAAUUCAAAACUCUGUGAUUCGUUUUUAAAGGCUAAGUAUAAGUGUGUUCAGGUUAAUUCUCAUGCUGGCAGCAACAUCCAGUUGUCUGAUUUAGCACCUUCUUCGGAAACAAUGGUUGUGUCUUGCAGUAUUAGUCCUGUGUGUUCGACUGAUAAUCAGUCCGCUACUCAGAGUCCAGGUAAAAAUGUUGGUUUCAAUCAAAGUGCACUUUUGGGCAAUUCAACGUUGCCACUUGUGGGGGUUGUGGAGAAUUCUUUGCGAGAGAGUGAAAAUGGCGACAAGACGAAAGAGCAGUUACCUAGUCCUUCUAAACUAGUCAUAAGGAGUGAGAGUAUGGAUACCGUGCGUAAACUAGUCGGCAAACCAGUCAAAGAUCAUCCUACGACAAAUUUACAGUUGCCAGUGGAUACUUCAGAAAAGGAAAGCUCGGGUUCUGAAAUUGCUUCAGGGAAAACUGGAAGUGUGCAGCAAAGUUCUAGUGCAGUUGUAUCCUCAUCACUGCCUGGUUCCAAUGAUAAAUCUGGUCAGCCGACCAAGGCUAAGGUUUCAUUUGAUAACUUUAGAUUGUCAGCGUAUCAGAGAGUUCAUAAGUUGAUGCUGUCUAAGGUAGCAAAAGUAGCUCCGGAACCAAGAUCGAGAAAGAAGACCGGAAAUGGAACGCAAAUCCAGGAAAAAACUGUCAUCAGUGAAAAAGUGCAAAUAAAGAUUGAGGUUAGUGAACAAUGUGAGCAAACGAGUGCAUUUGAUGAAAAAGCCCAGCAAAGGACUGAAAUUGAAAUGGGUGAUAACGUGCAGAAAAUGGUUAAUGUUGUUGAUAAAGUCAAGGAAAGAUAUCAAGUUGUCCAGAAAGCUCAGAAUGUUGGUGUAGUCAGUGAGCAAUCUCGGAGAAAGAUAUCAUUAGGUGAGGAAACCCAGAAAUGGACUGAAGUUGAUGAGAAAACGACCUUACAUGGUGAUAUAGGAGUUGUGCAGGUGAAAACGGAAGUCUGUGAUGAAUUUCUGGAAGAGAUUGAAAUUGGUGAAGACAUUCAGGAAAAGACUGCAAUUGAUGACAAAUUGCCGAAAAAGUCUGAAAUCUGUGAAGAAGUUCAGAAAAACCCUCAAGCUGGUGAGAACAUGCAGGAAGAGAGUGAAGUCGGUGGCAACAUGCAGAAAAAGAUUGAUGAUGUUGACAUAUCGCAGGAAAAUAUGAACACUUUCGCCUCUAAGCUGGCCGAAUCUCCUCAAAAUAAUGCUCAUUCUGAGUCAGCCGAGGUCGUGAAUGGACCUGAGGUUCUGUUUGAAGAAACCCUGGAAGUUGUUGAUGAAGCUUUGGAGAAUGCUAAUGUGGAAAACGGAGAGAAUAUCGACACUGAAGACUCUGAAUUUGCAUUUGUCACACCACAGAAGAGACCGCAUGAUAGCGCUAGCGAAGAAAUUAGUCCUAGCUCCAUCCCGUGUAUUUUUUGCGUUGGUGCGCGUUAUGGUAGUGCGUGGUUACUCCAGAACCACAUCGAGGAUGAGCACCCUGAUAAAGACAAGGAGUUGAUUGGGGAGUUUAUUCACGAGGCAUUUAAACUCGGUAGGAAAUCACGCAAGAAGGUGAAACACGAUGGCAAAACUACCUCGGGAAAUUCUCCCCUAUCAAGAGGAGGUGGCAAUGCUACUAAUAGAUCUGUGGAUGCAUCUUCGAAUGUGGCAAAGCAAUCUCCUAAAGGGAAGUCGUCAAAGCUUGCUGACGAACAAGGUCAUAAGAAAUCGGUUCAAGCGGACUCUGCAAGUGAUGGUUUGAAAGAAAUGUCGAGCAGUGAGGUCAACUUGGCAGAUUGUGCGGUCGUCCUAAAUCGAAUUGAUUUGCCCUCUCCGUCCAGUGAGUCAAACCAAAGUACUAUUAUUUAUUAUGAUACACCUGAAGAAACACUGUUGUCUUUGGGGGAAGAUACCCCUAGUCCUGUUACUUGUAUAUUUUGCAGGGGUCAUAGUUACAGGAACCCUUGGAUGCUCGACUACCACAUUGUGGAAGAACAUAGUGAUGUGCCUAAAGUGCGAGUGUUUGGAUUUACCUCUGUGGCUUUUGCUAGACUCUGUAAAAAGGGGCGUAAGCCAGUGAAAUAUGUUGAGGAUGAUACAUCCAUGACGUCUGAGAAUGAUGACGAAGAGGAGGCUGAGGAAUCGGAUGAUUGGAUCUCAGACGGUGGGCAGACUUUAGAAUCGGAGGGUGACGUGUCAUCAGAAGAUUCAAAAGAACAAACUGUUGAAUCGGAUGAUAACCAGUCAUUGAGGAAUUUUCUAGUUCCGGAUGCGGGUGUUAUGGUGUUGCCAGAUCGUGCUUAUGAGCAGACGUCGGACAUUGAUGAGCAAACAACAGAUUCUGAUGAGCAGACGACAGAGACCGAUGAGCAGACGACAGAGGCAGAUGAGCAGAUGGAAGAGGCAGAUAUUUCAGAGUCUAAUGAUGCAGAGUUGUUGGGCAAUUUUAGGAGAGAUUCCUCAAAGAAAGCCUGCAGAAAUAAGUCGCACAGAAAAGGCUCCGAGUGCCAAAGGAAGGAAUUGUCUGCUGCCAGGGAACACUUUGAAGAAGCGUCAAACAAAUCUGAAACAAGGCAUGUGGCAAGGGAUAGUAGGAAGUGUUCAGGUGCUGUCAGAAAGCCAUGUUCCCACAGACCUGACUCGGGCAGGUUUCAAAGUAAGAGGCGUACUAGAGAAGUGAAUAUGGAUGCAAGUCUACCUCUUAUUCCUCUUAAGAUGAGAAAGUCGACAGGCGACAAAAGCGGAUGUUCAGGUAGUGUAGUUCAGAAAAGAAAUAUGACAGGAGGAGUCGACUUGGCUGCCAAAGCUGUUGAGACACCUCCAGUGCGUUGCAAGAAAAGGGCCCGAAGAACCAACUCGAAUCCUCUCAUUGCUUCUAGGAACCAGAAUGCUUCGUCAACAUUGAGACGAGUCAGAAGUGCUAGUUUCUCAGGGAAUACCUCUGAAUCCAGGUUUGUCAUGAGCAAAGAUGACGAAAGUUCUGACGACAGUGGAACAAGUGGGCCUACUCCCAGUCCAACAUCUAGAAUUCCUGACAGACUUUCUUUGCCAGGAAAACUGACAGUUCCGUACAAACUAAGAGGAAGGUCUAAAAGUUUUGAGGAAGAAACUGCUUCUAGCGAAAAUAAUAGAACUUGCAAUGUCAGUGGUAGGCCUACGUCAAGUCAACAAGCCAGAGUUUUCAGCAGAUUUGCUUCCAUGCGAGAAAAACGUUCAAAUCCGUCCAAGAGGAGACGAAGGACAAGAAGCUGUGAGCAGAAAGCAUUGACAUCUCAGCAGAUUGAAAGGUUAAAACAUCAUCUUGUUGUGAGGCAGACGUCAAUUAAAGAAGCUCAGCCAGUGGUGCAUGGCGAAGAUGCUGACUUGGUGACGUCUGCCAAGAAGGCUGACCUUGCGUCACCUGGAGGCAGUGAAGAAGAAGGGUUUUUGGUACUGUCCGAAGAAGCUGAGCUUGUAGCACCAAUAGAAACAUCUGAACUGGCGGCACCAGUUGAAGAGGCUGACCUGCUGGCACCUACCGAAGAAGGUGAUUCCAUUGCUGAUGAAGAAACCAAGCUCUCUGAGGAAGAAGCUUUUCUGCUGGUUCGUGUCGUAGAAGCAGUGGGAACUGUUGAUGAGGCAGUUGGAUUAGCAGCGUUGAAAGAAAUGGAGGGGUCUGUACAAGAUGCUGAACCGAUGUCACCUGUUGAAGAAUCUGAUCUCAAGGCACCUUCUGAUGGAGCUGUGCGAGUUGCAUUUUGCAAAGACGCUGAGCCAGUGGCACCUUCUAAAGAACAUGAAGAAGACGUGGCAGGGACACAAGCAGAAAAGGAGGCAUCGGAAAAAACCAAGGAAAAGCUAAGUUCGUCGGAUACCAGUGAUAAGGCUGUUGACAAGUCUGAUGAGUCAAAAUCAUCAAAUGGUGUACAGCACAAAGCCACUGUUCAACCUCAUAUUAAGGAUGACCCGGGCUUUUUGGAACAGUUACUGAAAUCAAGUACUUCUCCUGGGAAACCUAGUACUUCUCCCAGAAAACCUAGUACUUCUCCCAGGAAACCUAGUACUUCUCCCAGAAAACCUAGUACUUCUCCAAGAAAACCUAGUACUUCUCCAAGAAAACCUAGUACUUCUCCAAGAAAACCUAGUACUUCUCCAAGAAAACCUAGUACUUCUCCAAGAAAACCUAGUACUUCUCCAAAAAAACCUAGUACUUCUCCAAGAAAAUUUAGUACUUCUCUGCGGAAAACCUUGCAGAAAAGGAGAAGAAGUGCAGAAACUUUUUACAGUAGUUGUCAUGAACGUCUGCUUGCGAUGUGUAGUAUUGAAACAGUGGCUGAACUGAUUGAAAGAGAUAUCGCAAACAAGAGGAAAAGCGGAGAAGUAACAGAAAUCCAUGUGAGGAAAAACAACUCUGAGGCAAUAGAAACUUUGCCGAGGGUUCAGGAGACGUCUGCUCUGGAUAAAAUGAUUUCGUCUGCUACGACACUUCCAACUGCCUUACAAGAUACUCGGAUUGUAGUUUUGAAGGAAACAAGUCCGGUCAAAGAAGUUUCAUCAGUUCAGUCAAAGCUUAACUUGAGCCGUCUAAUUGCAUCAGCGGACUGUUCUGUAGCAGUUGUUCCGAAAGAAAAUGCUGACAUGGAUACCAGGAAUGUUUUGCCAAAGAUGGUGUCUUCCGGUCAGAUGACACCGACUUCAACAAGAAAAGUUCCAGCCGCAGCAGGUGACUCUGUCAACCGAACAGCUUCAGUAGACAUCUCUGAUAUCCAGGAACAAGACGCUAGCCUUUUCUCUAACCGUGCGAAUUCGUGGAAUGAAAGUGAGAUUCGUGGCUCAGGGAGAAGUUCUUCAGCAGAUUACGUUCCAGUUGGUAUCAGGAGGGAAAAUUCUGACCUUUCAACAUGCAGUGCAAAUUCUGGCAAAGAAAAUGAGAUACCUGGGGAAUCAUUGGAAAACUUUUCAAAAACUACAGCAAAGGAUGCACUUGACACAAUGACGUCUAGUACAGUGAGAGAUAAAAACUGUAAGGAAAGUUUUACAAGGAUAGUUUUUGACAGACAAAAUGAUGAUGACAGAUCUUGUCAGGCAAAUGAAAUUGCUGACUUUAUCAGAAAAGUGCCCCCUGGUGUCCAGAAUAGAAGAACUAGUAAUGCAUCGGAUGGCAGUGACAAUGCACGCAUAUCAAGUGUGGCAAAUGGAAUUGCUGACUUCAUCAGAAAGACGCCCUCUGGUGUCCGGGAUAGAAGAACGAGUGACACGUCAGAUAGCAGUGACAAUGCACGCACAUCAAGUGUGGCAGAUGGAAUUGCUGACUUCAUCAGAAAGACGCCCUCUGGUGUCCGGGAUAGAAGAAUGAGUAACACAUCAGAUGGCAGUGACAAUGCACACACAUCAAGUGUGGCAAAUGGUAUUGCUGACUUCAUCAGAAAGACGCCCCCUGGUGUCCAGAAUAGAAGAACUAGUAACACAUCAGAUGGCAGUGACAUUGCAAGCUCAUCAAGUGUGGCAGAUGGAAUUGCUGACUUCAUCAGAAAGACACCCCCUGGUGUCCAGAAUAGAAGAACUAGUAACACAUCAGAUGGCAGUGACAUUGCACACACAUCAAGUGUGGCAAAUGGUAUUGCUGACUUCAUCAGAAAGACGCCCCCUGGUGUCCGGGAUAGAAGAACGAGUAACACAUCAGAUAGCAGUGACAAUGCACGCACAUCAAGUGUGGCAAAUGGAAUUGCUGACUUCAUCAGAAAGACGUCCUCUGGUGUCCGGGAUAGAAGAACUAGUAAUGCAUCGGAUGGCAGUGACAAUGCACGCACAUCAAGUGUGGCAGAUGGAUUUGCUGACUUCAUCAGAAGGACACCCUCUGGUGUCCGGGAUAGAAGAACUAGUAAUGCAUCGGAUGGCAGUGACAAUGCACACAUAUCAAGUGUGGCAAAUGGAAUUGCUGACUUCAUCAGAAAGACGCCCUCUGGUGUCCGGGAUAGACGAAUGAGUAGCGCCUCAGAUGGUGGUGGCGAUGGCAUGAAAAGUAGUUCAGGCAACAGUGUCAUUCCUAUAAAAGGCCUACCAAAUGGAAAAGCAGACAGCGUCAGCAAAGUUGGAUUGGUGGAACCUAGAGCUAAUACAUGUAGCAAUAACGGCAUUCCAACUGAAAGUGCGGUUCCGAGGAAACUAGAUGGUGAAGCAAAAACUGUUGGGAAAGCCGGAUUAGAGCAAUCUGGAGGUACUGUUUUAGGAAGUAUAUCAAAUGGAAGUAAAGAUACCAUACAAGUCAAAUCAAAUGGACUGCAGGACACUGUAAGCAAAACAGGAUUGGUGUCACCCAAAGCUUGUAGCAAGACCGGCGCAGUGUUGCCCAAAGCUGGUAGUAAGACAGGCACAGUGUUGCCAAAAGCUGGUAGCAAGACAAGCACAGUGUUGCCAAAAGCUGGUAGUAAGACAGGCACAGUGUUGCCCAAAGCUGGUAGCAAGACAGGCACAUCGUCACCCAAAGCUGGUAGCAAAGCAGGCACAUCGUCACCCAAAGCUGGUAGCAAAGCAGGCACAGUGUUACCUAAAGCUGGUAGCAAGACAGGCGCAGUGUUGCCAAAAUCUGGUAGUAAAGCAGGUGCAGUGUUACCUAAAGCUGGUAGCAAAGCAGGCGCAGUGUUACUUAAAGCUGGUAGCAAAGCAGACGCAAAAGCAGGCGCAGUGUCACCCAACACUGGUAGCAAUGCCGCCACAUCUAGUAAAAGUCCAAUGCCAAAAUCAGAAGGACUUAAAAGUGCUGAAAGGACAAGCGGCACCUCCAAGACUCAGAAGGAAAGCUUAACCAAAAUGGUCUUCAGCGAACUAAAAGAUGAUGCUAGUUUUUGUCAGGCCAUUGAAUUUGCUGGGUUUUUGAGAAAAAAGCCCUCUGGUGUCGGAAACAAGAGAUUCAGCGGUACCAGUAAUGCUUCUGAUGGAACUGUAACAAGUGGCAAUUUAAGCAGAUCGAGUCAAAGUACUGCCCAAGUAAAUCUAGACAGGAAAGGCACCAGUGUCGGCACUGGUCGGGCUAAUGCCACCGACAAAAUUGAAUUAGAAUCGCCUGGAACUGGUAGCAAUAAACUUGCAAUAAGUAAAAGUACCAGUCAGAAAACCACACCUAGCAAAUCAAAUAGAUCGCCAAAUUGUGUGAGCAAGGUUGGAUUGGUGUCUUCUGAUGUAGGUAUCAACGCAAGCUUAUCGAGUCCUAAAAGUGAUGCGUUGGCACAGUCUGCUGGACCGAAAAACACAAGCAGCAAGACUGUAUUGGUAACGUCCAAAGCUGGUCGUGCUAAACACAUAUCAGGUAAAAGUCCUGCAUCAAGAAAAUCAGAAAGUCGGGAGGACGCAGGCAGCAGAAUCGGAUUGGUAUUGUCGAACGCUGGUAACACUGAGAACAUAUCAAGUAAUAGAUGGAUAUCAGGAAACCAAGAUGCUGAGAACAAAUCAAGAAACAGAAUGAUAUCAGGAAACCAAGAUGCUGAGAACAUAUCAAGUGAUAGAAGGAUAUCAGGAAACCAAGAUGCUGAGAACAUAUCAAGUAAUAGAAGGAUAUCAGGAAACCAAGAUGCUGAGAACAAAUCAAGUAACAGAAUGAUAUCCAGAAACCAAGAUGCUAGGAUUGUAGUUUCGAGAGCAACUGAUCCAGUUAUCGGUGUCUCACCACUUGAGUCAAAGUUGGAUGAGUUUAGAAAGGAUAGUGAUGCCCCAUUGUUUGAAAAUGGGGAAAAUAUUGACCGCGUUCGUUUUUCUUCGUUGGGCGAACGAUCAGGUUCUGAAGAUGACCAACUCAGAUCUUUUCCUCACAGAACUGGGGAUAGCAAUUCAUGCAAGGCCUCGAAUGCUAAGGAGCAGAGAGUUCAGACUUCCCCUGGGAAAUCAAAUGCUGAUUCUGAUUCCAAAGGAGGGUCGUCUUGUUCUGUUAAAAAGGUAGAUGCUCAACUGGUGGUUGUUUUGAGAAGGUUGAGCCCAAAAGUUAUUGAAAAGUUGCAAGUUAGAAUGAAGUCGCGGUCUGUGGAGAGGAGACAAGAGAAGGAAGAUGGAGAUGGUCCGGAGAUGAAGGGCUGUUCACCGCAUCGCAAUGGAGCACAAAAUGAUGAUCGUAAUCGAAAGUUGUCGGUGUCUUCAUUACAAGAUGGUGAUAAAGAUUGCAGAAAGGAAAAUGCAAGCUCUGCAAGUGGUGGCCAGGUGUCUGAUAAAAGCCCUAAAAAGAGUUGUUCUACUGAAUGUGGCCAAAUGUCUUCAAAAGGAAAAAACCCUGUAAAGUGUAAUGCAGGAAAUGAGUCAGAUCAGUCCUCUAAAAGUCUGUUGGACAUGAGGAGUGGUGAUGUUAUUUCAUCUGAACACAUCGGGAAAUCUGGACAUGGUUCAAGUCGGAAAUCAUUGACAGAGAAAUCGGAUGUGUCUUUGAAAGAUGUUAGACCUACAGGAGUAGGUUCAUCUCCAAAGUCUUCCAAGUCCUCUUAUGAGAAAUAUUCUGCUGCUAAGCCUGGUGGAUCUUCAAACAAAAAGUCGUCAGUUGCUAAGCCUGGUUUGUCCUCUGAUGAGAUGUCUUCUGCUGCAAAGCCUGUCAGGUCUUCCAAUGAAAAGUCAUCCACUGCUCAGACGAGUUUGCCCUCAGAUGAGAAGUCUUCUGCCACUAGUACUAAUAGGUGCUUAGAUAAGAUGUCUGUUGCCGCAAAGCAUAGCGGGUCUUCAAAUGAAAAGUCUGCUGCUGAGAUGAGUUUGUCCUCAGAUGAGAAGUCUGCUACUGCUAAAUUUAAUAGGUCACAAAAUGAGAAAUAUUCUGGCACUAAACCUGCCAGGGGGUCCUCAAAUGGGAAAGCUUCCAUUGUUGGACCGAGCAGGUCCUUGAAAGACCAGAGUCUCGUAUUGAAGACCAAGAUUAUGAAAACAGCACUCCAGCCACCGGCUCUGAAGGAAUCAGGUGGCUUUAUGGAAGCCUUGGAAUCGGAGGUAGCUCUUUCUGUGCGGAAGAAGAAAUUUACAAAGACGAGGAGGAUUGAUGGGGACAGCAUAGUGGUAGCAUCGGAUCAGCGGGGCAGUGGAACACGUCAAACUUGUAAACGUCCCAGCGCUGGGUCUUACAGUAGGCUUACAAAGUGUAGUCAGAGUGAUGUCAAAGGCUCAGAAAGUUCCGGGAGUCGCGUAUCGACGGGGAGAGAGGACAGGUUUAGGCAUGUUACUCCUCGAAGUGAGGAGAGAACUGAUUCUAUGAUGAAGAGAGAUUCAAAGGUGCAUCCGGCCAUCGCCAAGAAUAAGGAUGAAAAGGUUUCCAAGGCGACAGUUUUGAGUGGUGCAUCAGAUUUUUUUGAAGAGGAUAGGACACUUGAUUGCCGAGAAAUCAUGCAGUUACCAGUUGUUGGAAAUGAGGAAAACAUUUCAGACGAAAGUUCCAGUUCUGAUGAAUCACUGCCAGUAGGACUAAAAUCUUUUGGAGGAAGGCUUGAUGAUGCUGGGAAGGUAUCUGAUGGUAGGGAUAAGCAACCUCUUCCAGCAGUUGGAGGAAGACUUGAUGAUGCUGAGAAGGUAUCUGAGGGCAGGGAGGAGCGACCUCUUCCAGCAGUUGGAGAAAGACUUGAUGAUGCUGAGAAGGUAUUUGAUGGCAGGGAGGAGCAACCUCUUCUAGCAGUUGGGAAAGAUGAAGGUGAAGCUUCAUGCUGUGAGAAUGAAAUGAUUCCUGGAAGCCGAGUUGAAAAAGAACCAAGUUCCGACAAUCGUAAUACCUUGGAUGCCAGAGAGGAGGCCUCUGGCAAUUCUGUCUCUGUUGGGAGAAAUGACAUCUCUGCAGAAAGCCUCGCACAGAUCCGGAACGGUGGACGUAUCAACUCUGCCAGCAAUUCAUCUAAUGGAGAGGAGGAAUGCGAUAUUCAAGAGCUCAUCCAAAUCAUCGGCAUUAUCAAACGGAGGAGCGGUUCGCAUGAAAGCAGCAACUCAGGCACUGAUGGGGAUGAUGAAGAGUCUGUCCUUUCAGGUGCCGAGGGUGUUGGACAAAAUUUAAAUCGACCUGUUUCAUUGAAAGAUAGUCUCCGUAGCACUGAGAAAUGGGUUGAGAGCACUCCGAUCGAAAACGACGACAUCCCGGAUUACAAUGCUGGUGUUUAUAGUGGGAGCUCUUUUGAAGUUCCUGAUGAAGAGGGAAUUAUAUGGAGUAGUGUUUCGGAUCAGGAAGAUGUGGAUAGUGACACGCCUGAGAAGAAUUCUGAUGUCCCUGAUUAUGAGAACGGUAUUUAUAGUGGGAGUUCGUAUGAAGAUCUCAGCGUGGAAGAAAGCAUCUGGAGUAUUUCUAGUACGAGUAAAAGCACAUCUGACCAGGAAGUAUCGGAAAAUGAUUGUGGUGAGGUUGAAAAAGUGACUGCAGGGAUGAGCGACUCGGCAUCAGAACUGAUUGCUUCUGUUACUCAAAAUGAGAGGGGUAGCCCUGAUGUCUCAAACUUCAGUGAACAGCGGGGUAGCCAUAGUAAUUCACGUAGGAGAUUGUCUUCUUCAGGUGAAGACUCAACAUUUGAGGGAAAAGAAACAGUUGUCCCUACAUGUAGUUACAAUGAACAGCUGGGUAGCCAUGAUAAUUCAAGUAGGAGAUUGUCUUCUUCAGGGAAAGACUCAGUUUUUGAGGGAAAAGAAACGAUUGUCAUCACCAGGGAUGCAAAAACAAGAAGUCGGACGUCUGAAGCUAACUCUGAAUCUGGUUCAGAAGGCCACACUUCCCAAACCCAAGAAAGCUUUGGCCCCACCCAAAAGAAAACAGUUGCCAUCUCCAAUGAUGAUAAAGAACGUGAUGAUGGCAGUCAGACAUCUUCAGAAGAUGAGACGGGAUCUGAAUAUGAAGCCGGUAGUCAUCUUGGGAGGGGGAUCCCGUCCUAUGUUCAAUGUGAUGAAAAUGCCAUCUUGAGUGGAAGUUCCUAUGAGGUGGAUGGAUCGGUUUUUUCUCUCCGAUUUUCAGAUGUUUCUUCAAUUGAGGGUGAUUCUGAUGGGGAAGGGAAAACGAAAGAGGCUGAAUCUGACUGGAAUGAAGACACAGAUAAUGAGACGGCAUCCGAUAGGGAUAGGUCAUCUAAUGAGAGUGCGAUGAAUAAGGACAUUGAUGAAAAUGACUUUGAUAAAACUCAUGAGGACGAAUCUGAUAAGGUCUGUGAAUCUGACAACAACGCAGAUGCAGAUAGCAAUGCUGACUCUGAUGCCAUCAUGGGAAGCAAUAUUGAAUCAGAGGCUGUGGAUAGCAAUGCUGAAUCUGAGGCUGUCGACAGCAAUGCUGAAUCUGAGGCUGUGGAAAGCAAUGUUGAAUCCGAGGCUGUGGAUAGCAAUGCUGAAUCUGAGGCUGUCGACAGCAAUGCUGAAUCUGAGGCUUUGGAAAGCAAUGUUGAAUCCGAGGCUGUGAAUAGAAGUGCUGAAUCAGAGGCCGUGGAAAGCAAUGCUGAAUCUGAAGCUGUGGAGGACCAAAAUACAGAAACUGAAUCUCAUAAAGAUGUUGACAGUGAUUCAUCAUCUUCUGCAUCGGAAAAAGGAGUCACCAGAUCAUCUCCGAAGGAGACAGGUUAUUCAACGGUGACCCCUGUGAAAAUCGCCCAGAAUGAAAUUGUUCCAAGUUUUCAAUGCCCUGAUUGUCCGAAGAUCUUUAAACGACAGCACGACCUGAAUGUACACAGGAUUGGCCACUCCGAUGUGUUCAACUUUCAGUGCGAGAUAUGUUUUGCAAGAUUCAGGCAUAAGAAACACUAUGAUUCACACAAGACCACACACGAGGAAGGAACCAAAGAGUGUCGAUUUCAGUGCACAAUUUGUCCAAGAAAAUAUCCGUCAAGAAGUCGACUCAAUGCGCAUUUUAAAAGACAUACAAAUGAGUGGCUUCAUGAGUGUUGUCUUUGUCUUAAAAGGUAUAAGGUGGCAGAGGAUCUCAUGAGGCAUAUGAAGAUACAUCGACCACCGACAAUCGAAUGCGAUAUUUGUCAGAAGAGAUUUUAUUAUCGACGCACUGCAAUGCUUCACCGCGCUACGCAUAGCCCGGAGUCGAAUAGCGUUAAAUGUGAUGUGUGCGAUAAGAUUUGUGCCUUGCGUUCUUUAGACAAUCAUAUGCUGCUGCACGAGGAGAAGAAAUAUCAGUGUGAAAUAUGUAAUCGGAAAUUCCUUCUUUUUAUUGGUUAUAAAACUCAUAUGGAGCGCCACAUAAAAAAACUCGAGAAGGACAGGAAGAGUGAAUCUGACAAUGAUGAAGGUACUGACAGUGAGGUCAAAUCUGAUAAGGAUAAUGACAAUGACUCAUCAUCUUCAGAAUCAGAAAUGGAGUCAUCUCAGAAUGAGAAUGUCUGUACGAAUCUCACUCCUGUGAAAAUGGUGGUUAAUGAAUUUGGGGCGAGUUUGAAGAAAAUUGAAAAACUACAGUUCGAUGAACAAGAUGAGAAGAAAGAUGAUGGUGAAGACGCUCAGAGUGAAUCCCAUGGGAAAGAUUUUGACUCGCACGGGAAAGAUGGAGACUCGCAUGGGAAAGAUUGUGACUCACAUCGGAAAGAUUGUGACUCGCAUGGGAAAGAUUGUGACUCACAUCGGAACAAUUGUGACUCGCAUCGGAAACAUGGUGACUCACAUAGGAAAGGUUGUGACUCGCAUCAGAAAGAUAGUGACUCACAUCGAAACGAUUGUGACACUACAUGUUUGUCAAAUAUCAAGGUUGAAAAAGGAACUAAUAGUAGUCAGAGUGGUGUCUUGGAAAACAGAAAUGAGGGCUCACGAGAAACAAAAUGGGACUGGCCAACUAAAAGCUCGCAAAGGAAAGAUCAUGAUUUGGUAAAGCAUGAAAGUGGUAGAGCCUCGCAUGCCGGUGACUGCCAAAAGGUAGAAGGGUGGUGUGGAGGUGGCGAUGAGUUAGAAAAAGGGCGGCAUGAUCCGCAAGUGAAAGUAGAAACAUUGAACAGCUCGCAGGGGAAUCAACUCAGCUCACAUGUCAACAAGAAUGGAAUCAAUGCAAGAUUUCAAUGCCCUGAUUGUCCAAAGGUAUUUAAACGACAGUAUGAGUUGAAGGUUCAUAGGAUUGGCCACUCAAACGUGCUCAAUUUUCAAUGCGAAAUAUGUUUUUCAAGAUUCAAGCAUAAAAAACAUUACGAUGCGCACAGGACCACACACGAGGAAAACUUUAAAGAGCUUCGAUUUCAGUGCACAAUUUGUAGUAGAAAGUUUGCGUCCAAUAGUCAGCUCAAGACUCAUAUUGAACGUCAUAAAACAGAUCGACCACACGAGUGUGGUCUUUGUAAAAAGACAUACAAGGUUGAAGUGGAUUUAAAAAAGCAUAUGACCACACAUGGGCCUCCGACUAUUGAGUGUGAUGUCUGCCAUAAAAGAUUUCACGACCGGCGUAAUGCGAUAAUUCAUCGCAGAACACACAGUCCGGCGUCGAAUAGCGUGCAGUGUCGUGUUUGUAACAAGAUUUGUAAAUCGGAUUCGAGUCUGAAGUCUCAUAUGCUUCUUCAUGAGGAGGAAAAACAUCACUGUAAAAUCUGCGAUAAAAAAUUCCGUCACAUCGGUAGUUUUAAUAUUCACAUGGAGCGCCAUAAAGGAAAACCCAGAUAUGAGUGUGAAGUAUGUCAAAAGCGCUUUUACGAGAGUUGCGUAUUACAGAAUCAUCUUCUGGUUCAUGAGAACAAGAGGCUGUUUCAGUGCAAGGAGUGUAGCAAACGGUUUAAUACGAGAAAUGGUCUGAGACAUCAUUGUGAAUACCACGCCGCGCCUAAGUAUACCUGCGAGACCUGCGGGAUGAAAUUUUCACAGAGAGUGGCUUUGAAGCAACACGUGGCAGUGAAGCACUCAGACGCUAAAACUUUCACUUGUGAAAAGUGUCCGAAACAGUUUGUCGGGUUGAAAAAUUAUCAUGCGCAUUUACGGAUGGAACAUGGUAGUGGGGAGACUUUCGCUUGUGAGGCAUGCGAUAAGGUUUAUGUCACAAAGAGCUCCUUGGCAAGUCAUUUACGGGAAGUGCAUCGGACAGAGAAUUUUAAGUGCAAAAUAUGCUCGAAGGAGUUUUCCAGUAGAAGUGGUCUGAAUGGUCACAAGGCAACUCAGCACAGUUCAGGGAAGGAGCGUUUCGAAUGUGAAAUGUGUCCGAAGGUGUUCAAGACCAAAGGUCAUCUCGACACGCACAGACGUAGCCAUAUUGACCCCAAUGAUCGGUUACUGAAAUGUGAAAAAUGCGACAAGCGAUUUCACAUUCUGAGUGAUGUUAGAAGGCACAUGGAAACUCAUAAGCGUAGACCGUUUGAUUGCAAGAAUUGCGGAGCUUUGUACCGGACGGAAGAGGCUCUCAGGAAGCAUAUGUUGACACAUAACAAGGGCAAGCACAAGUGCGGACGGUGUAAUCAGGUUCUCCUUACGAAAGAACGCCUUGAUAAACACAUGCUGUUCAGCUCGUGUGCUAAAACGUACAUUUGUCCCCAUUGUAAUAAGGAAUUUGCGCGAGGUCAGUCUCUUAAAAUUCACAUCCGUAGCCAUACCAAGGUCGAGCAGAAUCCGUGCAAGCAUUGCGGGCAACAGUUCAAUCAGAAGGGCGACUUGGUGAAGCAUUUGUUUCGUGCGCAUAACGAAUCUGAGGGUCCUGUUUGUACGCUGUGUAGAAAGAGCUUUAAGAAUGUGCAUAAUUAUGAGCUUCACAUGAAAAAAAUCCACCCGGAUGGCAGGAGGAGAUUCCGAUGCGACCAGUGCGAGGAGAGCUUUUGUCUCCAGAUUCAGUUGGAUCGCCACCUGACAAAACACACUGGAAAGUCACUCUUCGAGUGCGAGAUAUGCCACAAGGGCUUUAAUCAUAAGCGUGUAUUGAUGCUACAUAUACGUUGCCACACCGGCGAACAUCCGUACAGCUGUCCGGUGUGUCAGAGACCGUAUAAGGACAAGUGCAAGAUGAUGACGCACGUGCGGGUGGUGCAUUCUGAGGACAGGCCGCACGAGUGCAAAAUUUGCUCAAAUCGGUUUAAAACCAAUGCGGCUUUGAAAAGCCACGAAAAAGUCCAUUCAGAUGAACGCAAUUAUGCGUGCGAACUAUGCGAUGCGACCUUCAAAGGCUAUUCGACCUUGAAAAGUCACAUGUUGAUACACACGGGCGAGAAAAAGUACGAAUGUGAAAUUUGUGGGAAACGGUUUGCUCAUUCGACCUCGCGGACGGCCCACAUGCGUGUCCAUGACGGAUUACGGCCAUACCCUUGUGAAAAUUGUGGGUCAGCGUUUACACAGAGGAGCCACCUUCGAACCCACAUAAAGAAUAGAAGCUGCUUCAAAGACUGACAUUCCAGUUCAUUUUGUCGCCAUUUUCACCUGCGGUGGGCUCCGUUGGUCAAAGCUAUAGUCGUAGUUCCACCUAUCAUAAAACUCCGUGUUUUUUCAAGACCCGUGUCUUCGCCGUGUGUCAAAAAACCCGGGGCGCACUUACACCUAUCAGUGGUGUUAGAUAAUGGUUAAUAGCCCCGGCGACAAGUGCGCUGUAGGUAGGGAGCUCUCCUGUGUUUCUUUUCCGUUGGAGGGGAAUUUCGCAUGCGCAAUACCGAGGCAACUACACCGCGCCAUCUGUCGCCGGAUCGUAGAACUUGCAAUUGCCGUGUCUAUUCAGAUUCCACCUAUCAAAAAACCCGUGUUGAACACGGGUCUAAAUUAGCCCCUGAUUAGCCCCAUCGAGCUCGAUGGGGCUAAUAGACACGGGGAUUUGACACACGGGUCUAUUUAGACACGACAAUUCAUAGGUGUAAGCGCAAAAGACACAGGGAUAUGAUAGGUGGAAGUACGACUUUUGUCAUGACGUCUGCUGGAGGAGCCAUAUUUAAACUAAUCGUACAGAAACGAAGUGCCUUUUUUGAGACCAACCGAUCAGGGAUUUUCACUCUCACAAAAGAUAUGAGCGAUACAACUUGGGAUAUUGCCAGUAAAAUGGUCAAUAUUACAUUGCAGUUUUCGGAAUGUUCUAUUUGAUCAUACUCAGAAAUGUAGAUCUUGUGGCCAUGCGAUUUAUGCGAUCAGUAUUCCAUGGCAGUGUUGGGAAUGUUCUACAUCUUACUCCAAGAUAGGUUUUGCGGCCGUGCAAUUUGAUUAAUGUUCAAUAUUCAUCACAGUAUUACAAUAACUUUGUACUAUAUUUACAAGCUUGUACAUACACACUGUACAAAGUUAUGAAUUUUUUUGACUUUUGUAUUUUUGCAAGUUGACUUUGUAUCAAAACUUUAUAUCACCAGCAAUUGGUGGUUUGUAGAUAGUUUUAACAUAUUGAUCAUUCUAUGCAAAAUUGUUGUUGGAAAUUUCCCUCCUGUAGUAUUAGCUGAAAUUAUAUGUUCACAUAUCAAAAUUCUCUGGGAAAAAUUCCAACAUGGUUCAGCUGUGCUGUCAUGUAUAUGAAUUUUUAGAAAACUAUGUAUUUUACAUGUUGAAGAUCUAAAAAGUGCUUCUGUGCAUGCCUUGUGUGCAUUGACGCGAUGUUUAUUGCUCGUGCUGCGAUGAAAGUCACUUCAUGACUGCAGUGCACUUGACUUUCUUGAGCAGCGGGGUUCAAUUGGCCAUCUUCGGGUGACUCAUAUGCACAGUAAGGGUAUGGGGUCAUGUUAGAUUCAGCACUGAAUAUAUUCAUUGUACAAGGGUGAGUAGUUUUGACGUACAUGUACUGUGAGAUGUGAGAGACCCUUAUUGGCGACUUUGUAUAACUUUAUCUUGCCUACCUAGCAACUGUCUAUAGUGUCCCUUUAACAUGAGCAGAACAUGACAAUCUGAUAGGAUUUUCAACUGCCUGUGUUGCAAUUUUUGUUAUCAGAUAAUCAUUUAUUUUUAUUCAAAAUAGUAUUGAGUUGUAUUUUUUAGCUCAGCUGAAAAGCUGAGCUAUUCAUAUGAGUAAAUGGUAGAAUGAGUGUCCGUCUGUCUGUCUGUCUGUCUGUCUGUCUGUCUGUCUGUCUGUCUGUCUGUCCGUUAAACAGGCACGUUUCAAAACUAUGGCGGAUAGGCGAUAGAUUUUCCCUCUGAGGCGUUGAGACCCUUCAGGACUCCUGAAUAGACCAAAUGUGGGUCCGGCAGGAUGAGCGGUUUGGCCACUAGGUGGCACCAAGCGAAAUUUUCCAAAAACUUUUCCAGCAGCUGAUUUCUCAGUUGGGGAUCAUGAAUCAAAUCUAGUUUUAUAGAGCAAAGCUUUCUCUUUCAUUAUCAAUAGGCGUAGUUCAUGAAUUUCUCACCAGGUGGUGUUACUGGCGCAAUUUAGUGAGCACCCCCAAGAAGAGCAUUUUAAAUUUCGCGCGAGUUAUCCCACGUCCAAUCACACAUGCAGCGAACGUCACGUCUCGAGUCUGCGCAGUUCAGACGUAAGGAGACCAUGCUAUGGAAUAGAUCGCGUUCUGUCAAUUCAGAGGACAGGAAUGAUCUGCAGCUGCAUUUGAACAUUAUUUGGUGACUACAUCUCAAAGAUGACCAAGAGAGAGGAUCGAGCUAUGACUUUGCACAUCCCAUCGACUUCGGUGUUCACCAGUGCAAUCAUCAGAAGAGCCAGGCAAUUCUAGUAUUCAAGUAUUUCAUUCUGUAAUACUUACCUCAAAAUUUACUAAAUAAAGAAAACCGCAUGUGGCAGUUGGUUAAAAAAAUCAAGUCUAUCUGUUUAAAGUUUUUACUUGCUAUCAUUAUUAUCAACAUUUCAAUGGUGGCAUUCUGCUAAGGUUUGUUAAGAGUUUCACUUGACUUAAGCAGGGUGUACACUAGUAAAAUAUUAGCAACAUUUUACCAACAUUUUACCAACAUUUUACCAACAUUUUACCAACAUUUUACCAACAUUUUACCAACAUUUUACCAACAUUUUACCAACAUUUUUACAACAAUUUUGCAACAAGCCCUUCAAGGCCCUGUGUUCACUAGCAACAAAAUUGCAACAAAUUAGCAACAUUUUUACAACAUGUUGGUAAAUUGUUGCAAACUUUUUAGUGGGAACAAAGGGAAAUAGGUAUUUUGGAGGGAAAAUGGAUGAUUCCAAGGAGAGAAGAUGUGUUUUGAGUGCUUCUGCAGCAAUUUUAGCUGUCAUUGUUGAGAGACGGAAGAGGCGGCGAAAUAACCAAAGAGAAUAUGGACCAGGCCCUGGAUCAAAAUGAGGGUGGAUGAUGGGGCAUACCACUGCCUGUUAAGGCCGCGUAUCCAUAGGGUAUGCCCUUGUGUAGUGUGGCGUUAUGGCGUAACAGCCUUGUGACCUGGCACUAUGCCCUGAGUCUCCAUUGGAUAUUCCUUUUUGGUCAUGUAGGCCUUUGUAGUCCUCAUUUCGCAGCGGUCAAUCGCGUUUAUCCGCACGCUGUCAUUAUUUCAGAAGACAAUUUCUUAUGAAUAUUGAAAAUGAAAAUACAAGUAACUUGUAUUUUCACUUGCAACAUCAAAUUGACAUGUACAUGUAUAUAAAACCUGACUUUUAAGCAACAAAUUACAGGUUCUGAUAAUCAUCAGUUUCGGGAUCCCAGAGUAGUUCCCGUUGAUGAACCUCUUGAAUUAAUUUCGCCUCAGACAUUGCUUCCGUGUUGUUCACUCGCAAAAGAAUGGACAUGUUCAAUCCCAAUAUGGGCCUAUAUUCCCAAUCCACAGUGCAUAUAUGCCCGCAAUGUGACACGGCAUAACCUAUGGGAACGAUCAAUAACACCAACGAAGGUUCAUUGUCCGUGUGGCACGCCAGGCGGUAAAAAGGGAAUGUUGUGCAGGGCACGGAACAGCCUAUGGAUACGCAGCCUAAAGGAGUUGCGGCUGACUGACAAGCCGUCACACAAAAACUUCUAGAAAAGGUUUCAUCACCCUACGAAGCAAGACACUCACUUGAGAGUUGCUAUACCUGCUUCUUGUUCAAGUCACAUGAACUCCGGUAGAUCACAUGACGCAAAUCCUAUUUCUGAUUGGCUGAAGAGUUUGCAACAUUUUUACAACAUGCAACAAAGAAUUGCAUUGCAUUUAAUUUGCAACAAUUUUACAACAUGUUGUAAGACGCGUUUUGCUCUGUACACACUACGCAACAUUUUUGCAACAUUUGUUGCAACUGGAAAUGUAAAAAUGUUGCUAAUAUUUUACUAGUGUACACAGGCCUUUAGGCAAUAAUAGAGUUGGGUAGAGCAUUUUGUUAAUGUUACCCUUUUAGUUAGGGAAACUGGUGCCUUCUGCAUUAGGUGGACCCCACUUACUCAUCUGUCAGACCGGCCUCACACGUCGGCAGUAGAGUUUAAGGUCCAGUCUGCGAGAUUUACCCAUUUCUACCCAGCCAAAAGCGGGUGAUUGGGCUAGUCUCUCCAUGUGAUUCAAUUCGCAUGGAUUCUUGUGUCCCGGUGCUGAAAGGAUCCCUCCACAAGGGCAGACUACAUCCGGUGGCACUGAAGUAUGGAAGAAAGACAGAAGACGACCAAUUUGCGAAAAGGAUCAUCAUCAUCAUCAUCAUGGUAACAGCUGAGGUUGAAUCAUGUUGCUGUGUGUAGAAUUGAUGGUCCAAUAUAGGUUAGGUUAUCUGUUUGCGCACACAUUGCAAGGGUGGAGCUUGCUUGAAGUAGAUUGCGCCAGUCUACCGUAAUUCACUGUUACACAUCCAGAAGCUAAUAUCCUUAGGCUUUGAAUCCUUAGUUUAGUAGAGUUUGACGAGUAAUGUAAUAUAUACGAACAACGCAGCAACAACUCAGCUGAGCGCCAGGCCCUUGGGCCUCUUGUUAUGAGAUACAGUGGAACCUCUGUUAGCGGACAUCUCUCUAUUAAGGACAACCUCUCUAUUAAGGACACUAGUUUUGGUCCCACAUUGGUUGUUUCCAUUCAAUUUGACCUCUCUAAUCAGGACACCUCUCUAUUAAGGACAGCACUUGUCAGUCCCGAGGGUGUCCUUAAUAGAGAGGUUCUAUGAGAUAUUUUCAAUGAGUAUUAGCUGUGCAAUUAUUGCUGGGGCAUUAGCCCUUUACAUUCUUGAGUGAUGAUUACAUUGGCAGUAGUUUUGAAGAUCCAUUUCAUGGCUUUUGCUAAAACCGUCUCAAUUGGCCGUCUAGUCACUGAUAUCAAAAACUGGUUUUUGUACAGUAGAACCUCUCUUAGUGGACACCUCUCUAUUAAGGACAACCUCUCUAUUAAGGACACCAGUUUUGGUCCCAAACUGGUUGUUUCCAUUCAAUUUGACCUCUCUAAUCAGGACACCUCUCUAUUAAGGACAUCACUUGUCAGUCCCAAGGGUGUCCUUAAUAGAGAGGUUCUACUGUAGUUCGAGGAAUGGGCCUAUAAGGCCGAAGUUACAUAGACCUCAUUCGUUCAUUUCCCAGGACUCAUUUGCCCCUUUUGCUUUCUUUCCCCUGUGAAUGCACGGCCUUGUGGCGUGCAUUCACCGAGGAAUGAAAGAAAAACCCGGAAAGUGACUCGUGGUAAAAUGAACGAAUGAGGUCUAUGUAACUUCGGCCUAACACUGCACUGCAGGUCUUUGUGCUAUUAAAAGAUUCUCUACAGGAAAUGCGUCUGCGCACAACUGAAAAGGGAGUGAAGAUGGACGCAGCACUUCAGGUCUGUCCAAAUAUCAGGCACAUGACAGGUGGACAGACGCCUUAAUGAUAAAAUACUCUGAUGUUAAUACUGUGAUUCAGAUACUGCUCCACUUUUUGGUAAUUCUGCUGGUGGUCUAUGUUGUUUGGUGUAAUCAUUAUUGUUCUUUCUAAUGUGCAUUAUUACUGUAAAUCUUUGUUACAUUGGCAGCUCAAUCAUGUAAAUAGGUUAAGCUAUGAGUGGUGAC